AUGGCAGAUUACAAUUACGGAGGCUCCGAAGAGGAGAAUGCGGAGUUGAGAAAGUUGGAGGCUGAAUUGAUCGAUGAUCCCGAUAACUUCGAGACCUGGGAACGACUGGUUCGCGGCGCAGAGGCCCUCGAGGGAGGAAUCAAUCGCAACUCCAGCCCUCAGGCUAUCACCACCGUACGAAAUGUUUACGACCGGUUCCUGGCCAAGUUCCCCUUGCUGUUUGGAUACUGGAAGAAGUAUGCCGACUUGGAGUUUUCCAUCACCGGCACGGAAGCAGCAGAUAUGGUCUAUGAACGCGGUGUCGCUAGCAUUUCGCCUUCGGUCGACCUCUGGACCAACUACUGCUCUUUCAAGGCAGAGACUUCCCAUGAUGCUGACAUCAUUCGAGAACUAUUCGAACGAGGUGCGACCAGCGUUGGGCUGGAUUUUCUGGCCCAUCCGUUCUGGGACAAGUACAUUGAGUUUGAGGAGCGAGUCGAAUCUCCCGAAAAGAUCUUUGGCAUUCUUGGCCGAGUGAUCCAUGUCCCCAUGCAUCAGUAUGCCCGAUACUUUGAGAGAUUCAGGCAGCUUGCGCAGACUCGUCCCUUGGUGGAACUUGCUCCUCCGGAGACCCUGUCCCAAUUCCGGGCCGAAUUAGACGCUGCUGCCGGAAAUGUGGCCCCAGGCGCAAAGGCCGAUGCGGAAGUCGAACGGGACCUCCGACUGCGUGUCGACGCGUACCACCUUGAAAUAUUCCACAAGACGCAGACCGAAACCACUAAACGGUGGACAUACGAGUCGGAGAUCAAGCGCCCGUACUUCCAUGUCACUGAGCUGGAUGAAGGUCAGCUGGUCAACUGGAGAAAAUACCUCGACUUUGAGGAGUCCGAGGCCUCUUACUCGCGAACGCAGUUCCUGUACGAGAGGUGCCUCGUGACCUGCGCGCACUACGAUGAGUUCUGGCAACGUUAUGCUCGCUGGAUGGCCGCUCAACCGGGCAAGGAAGAAGAAGUGCGCACCAUCUACCAACGUGCAUGCUGCCUCUACGUGCCCAUCGCAAACCCGGCGACUCGCCUGCAAUAUGCUUACUUCGAAGAAAUGUCGGGACGAGUGGAUGUGGCCAAGGACAUCCAUGAAGCAAUUCUGUUUAACAUUCCCAACCACGUGGAGACGAUUGUUUCCUUGGCCAACAUGUCUCGCCGUCACGGUGGGCUGGAAGCUGCCAUCGAGGUGUACAAGACCCAGCUGGAUUCGCCGCAGAGCGACCUGGCUACGAAAGCGGCUCUCGUCGCCGAAUGGGCUCGCCUGUUGUGGAAGAUCAAGGGAUCCGCCGAAGAUGCCCGGCAAGUGUACCAGACCAACCAGCAGUACUACCUGGACAGCGGAGCUUUCUGGACGAGCUACCUCGUGUUCGAGCUGGAGCAGCCCACAAGCUCUGCUACGGAAACCGUCCAGUAUGAGCGCAUCAAGCAGGUGGUCGAUGACGUCCGUUCCAAGAGCGGUCUGUCUGCCGACGUGGUGAAGGAGCUUGUCCAAACCUACAUGGUCUAUCUGCUUGAACGAGGCACCAAGGACGCGGCCAAGGAGUACAUGACUCUGGAUCGUGAGGUCCAUGGCCCUGCCUCUGUAGCUCAGACCAAGACCGGCGCCGCGGCCGAGGCUGCCAAGCAGCAGUCCGACGCCGCCGUGGCUGCGGCAACGCCUCUGGUUGUCCCCACGACCGCCGCGACCCCCCAACCCAACCCGUAUGCUUACUAUCAGGAGGCUCCCGUUAACGGCAGCGUGGGUGCCUAA